ACAUCUAGCCUUAUAUAUAUGAUAUCUAGGAAGAGAGUGCUAUGUGUUCACUCACCAAGAGCAGGCCACAAAAUUAAAAUAUCCGAUAAUUUGCUUGCGUACAAAAUCUCGCAAAGUGCUCUGUAUCGCACGGCUUUGUGCACAUUCAUAAAAAAUUAACCAAAAUGACGGCAGCGGUGUUUUUUGGUUGUACCUUCAUUGCCUUCGGCCCUGCCAUCUCUCUGUUCCUGUUUACCAUCGCCCGGGAGCCUCUGCGAGUUAUCUUCCUCAUAGCAGGGGCAUUUUUCUGGCUAGUGUCCCUCCUGCUCUCCUCUCUGGUUUGGUUCAUCUCUGUUCAAAUAAGUAAUAAGGACAGUGCAGCUCAGCAGAAAGGCCUCCUCAUUUUUGGCGUUGUGCUGUCAGUCCUCCUGCAGGAAACUUUCCGCUUUGCUUACUAUAAACUGUUGAAGAAAGCAAAUGAAGGUCUUCUCACCCUCAGUCAGGAGGAAACUAUGCCCAUCUCCAUACGACAACUGGCCUACGUGUCUGGCCUUGGCUUUGGAUUCAUGAGUGGCGCGUUCUCCGUGGUGAACAUUCUGGCUGACUCUGUUGGCCCUGGCACUAUUGGAAUCCAUGGGGACUCGCAGCACUACUUCCUGUCUUCAGCAUUCAUGACAAUGGCCAUUAUCCUUCUCCACAUGUUCUGGGGUGUGGUUUUCUUUGAUGCCUGUGAAAAGCAGCAAUGGUGGGCAGUUGCUGCUGUUGUUAUCAGCCACCUGGUCGUUUCUUGUCUGACUUUCCAGAAUCCGGAGUAUGUUGCCAGCUUGGUUCCUACCUAUGUUAUUUUGUUCCUCAUGGGCGUGUGGGCCUUUUACUCUGCUGGAGGGUCUUUCAGGAACCUCAAACUUUGCCUGACCUGUAAAGACAAAGAUUUUUUGCUAGCCAAUCACAGGGCCAGAUAACGCAUCACUGUAGCGCGGACUCUCCAUCCAAAGAUCUUUUUCUGUCUCUCACACACACGCACUGAGCACACUGAGAGAGUGCUAUUCCUCUUUUAACUGAAUUUUGAAUUAAGACCCGUCUGUUUUUUUGAAGAUCUUUAAAAGCAGUGAUUGCUUUGCAGAGGAAACAUUUGAGAGGGAUUCACAUUCAGUGGUAAAUCUCAGUUUGUCUGUUUAAUGUAAAAUGUGGUUCUGCUCACAAUAGGGCUUAUUCACAUGAUGUCAUACCCUCUUCCGGGUUUGCUGAUAGAAGUGUAUCCCUCUGUGAAACUCCAUUGAGUUUAUAUGGAGCACCAGGAUCCACUUGGAAAAAACAAUUUCAAAAGGUAGAAUUAAGAUUAAUAUUAUUUACGACAAGGCAAUAUAUUGUCUUGCUUAAUGUAUACAUAUUUCAAAUUUAACUAUAAUGAACAUUUCUAGGUUAGGUGGAAGUGGAAGAUAAGUAACACUCAUAAUGCUAUCAACCUACGUCUGUGUAAAGCCUCACUUCAUUAUAUAUUUCCUUUUUAAUAUUAAUAAAUCUUAUCAUGUGUUAAUCUGUGACUCAAAUGUCAAAUAAAUAAUGGCUCUUUAAUUUGGAAAAAGGUUCAAAGCCACCAACUGAAAUGUAUACAGCAUGACGUGCAGUCCCACAUUUAAGCUAAAAUGAUAACACAAAAAAUCCUUAUUGUUACUUUAGCUGUUCUAUCACUAUUUUACUUUUAUUAUUCUAAAAUACUAAUAAUAACAACAACAAAAAUAAGGCUGUGAUACACACAGGCAGACAACUAGCAUUGGUUUAGAACUGCAGCUAUCGGUUAUGCAAUUGAUUAAUCUAUCAGCUAGUAAAUUCGAAUAUUCGGGUAAUCUGAUUAGGAACAUUUAAUGCAUCGCAGAAUAAAUAUUAGGAUAUGGAAAACAAAGGCUUGCUAAGUUGAACUUUCAAAAUAGCAUUAAAUGUGAAUACAAAAUAAAAUCCCUGAGCUUUUUUUCAGAAUUGCACUUUUAUUUCACAAGAGCAAUAAAUGCAUUUAAAAUAUGUUAAAAUACCUGUACUCAAACAGUAUAAAAAAAUUAAUGAGGAUUGAAGUACAACAAAAGAACAAUUAGCUAACUUGCAUAGGAAAUGUCCGCUAUCUUAAAACGUACAAAAUGCUAACUUUUUUUUUUUUUUUUACAAUGCUCUUAGUAAAUCGUUCAAACAUUCCCACAAAAAAGACCUUAGAAAUAUACCUCUAAACUACACUACAAACACAUAAACAAACAUAUUACCUCAAACAAAAACGUAUGACCUUAUGUUGGUCUUAACUGGGAGCAGCUGGAUCCAGCCAGAUGAGUUAUGUCAAAUUCAGUGUUGACACUACAGGGCAGUGUAUCCACCCAAAUCAAUAAAAAGAAAUGCAAACACUUUCAAAACGAACCAUUAAAACGCCUUUCUAAUUACAUGAAUCCUCGACGCAACAUCAUUUGAUUCGAAGUUUUUUUUCCAAUUCGGAUUACUUGAGUUACUCGAUUGAUCAUUGCAGCACUACAUUGGUUUAUAGCAUUAAUUCCUAGGCGAAUUAUGGAUAAUUCCUUAAUGGUAAAGCAUAAAAUACAGGUAACAUUAUUAGUGCUGCAAUGAUUCAUUGAUUAACUCGAUUAAUUUGAUGAGAAAAAAGAUUCGAAUUACAUUUUGCUGCUUUGAGUAUUAUCUUAAUUAAUGUGGCGUUGUCAUGGUUUGUUUUGAAAGUGUUUGCGUAUAGCUUUAUUGAUUUGGGUGGAUACACUGCCCUCUAGUGGCUACAGUGAAUAUAACUCAUUUCACAUAGCUGAAUCCAGCUGCUCCCUGUUAACACCAACAUAAGUUUUUGAUUGAGCUAAUGUUUUUUUAAUACGUUUGUAAUUUAGUUUAUAGGUAUAUUUAGCCGUUUUUUGUGGGAAUAUGUGUUUGAACCAUUUGUUAAGAGCAUUGUAAAUAUAAAAGUUAGCAUUUUACAGCAUUUAAGCUAGCAGACUUUUGCUAUCUAAGUUAGCCAAUUUUUCUUUUGUUGUACUUAGAUCAUCAUUCAUUUAUUUUUUUAUACCGUUUGAGGCUCAGCACAGGUAUUUUAAAUGUUUGCUCCUCAUCCGAUUACUCGAUUAUUCAAACUAACUAGUACAUUCGACUACUAAAAUAAUCGAUAGCUUCAGCCUUAAACAUCAAGACGAACGGAAAAAAAUAUUAAAGUUAACUUGUACCUUUUUUGAAUUGAUUGCCCUUGUUGGAUUAUGGAGCAGUACACACAGUCGCCAUUGAAGAAGUAUUGAAGUCACAAUCCUAUCGCUAACCUGGAAGUUGAGUGACAUCACUGUGAAUAGGGUUUAUCAUAUGCCUGUGCAGAGUAAUACUGGCUAAUGCAUUUUAUUAUCUGCAAUGUUCACGGACGAUUCAAUGUUGAGCCUCUGAACCAGUAAUUAAUUUGUCAUCUUUUAUUAUUGGAUCACACUUUUCAUAGGGUAAGUUUUGAACAAAUAAUAUUAAUUAAAAAAAAAGUGUGUAAUGGACAUAAUCUCCUCUAAGUACUGUAAAUACUUGACAUCCUAGAGUUAUGAGAUGGCUGUUUGUACAAGUAAAAAAAAAAAAAAAAAAUUAAUGAAAGCCAUCUCCAAACCGUUUCUAUUAUCAACAAAGCAAACUGUCAAUGUUUUGUAAUUUUUUUUGAAUGUUUUGCUUCUGUAUUGCCUUGAAUAUGAUUUGGUUGCUUGUGGACAUUCACAGCUUUGUUAGUCAUUUUAAUCAAUGUGUUUUAAAGUUAAGUGUAAUUCUACAGCAUUCCUUUUUUCUGAAUUAUAUUUAAAGGUCCCAUGCAAUUGAAAUCCACUGUUCACUGCUGUUUUAUGUAUGAAAGGUCAAAACGAGUCUUAAAUUUGAACUAUUUGCGGUGUAGAAAUGCAUCUAUUCAAAUACCUACCCACCUCAUGAUUGGGACCCACGAACUCAGUUGAGAGAAAAUCAGCAUCGUCAACAUCUUAGGCAACGCUAAAACUUGGCAUCAACUGCCAAGAGGAGCCAGAACAAUAAUUGUACUGUUUUAGAUUAAUUUCAUUAAUGGUUGACUUCAUUAAGAUUACACAUGUAAUGUUGUGUGACAAUAAUAUUUGUUGAUAUGUAUCAGGCUGAGGCUUUGAUUUUUUAAAAAUAUUUUUAUUCUUCGCACUUUCCUCUUCUUAGCCAGCUGCAUCUCAAUCUGAGUUCACCUAGUGGUAUCUUCCAAUAGUAAAACUAGCACCAUGGUUAGUGUAAAAAUAAUAAUGCUGUUUUCCCACAUUCAAAACACGGAGAACAGUGUCACAGCAAAGCUUGUUUUCAUAUCAAAUAUUAAUGAUAAUUUCAACCAAAAUCAACUUGGACCAAUUACAGUUGACCGAACAGUAGCGUUUUAAACCAAAUCAUCUUGCAAACCUGAUAAAAGGACAACAGUGGUUUUAAAAAAAGUGUGUCAUGGGACCUUUUAAAUAGCAGGAUGGAACAUUUAUUAUGGGACUUUAGGAAGUGUGCCAAUCUUUUUGUGUUAGCAUUUGCAAUAUUCAGCUAAAGAUCUAGGUGGUUCAUAGUAUUUUUUUGUUUCUGCGAACAAGUAAGAUGUAGGAGAGAUCUAUUGUUCAUGCUGCAAUCUUCUCAAAUAAAUUUGUUGUCAUCUGAUUUGAAA